AUGGGAUCUCUCCAGCAUCUCCCUGGUGAAGGGCCAAUCAUUCUGCACCGAAAGCUGGGCCUUCACGAGCGCUACUCGGUCACACGCUACAACAUUGGAGCUCCGCCAAUUCUGGCGUAUGGUGCUCGUCUGACCUCACGCUCUUCGGAUACAGCGCAAGUGGUCCACGCUCACAUCGCACGGCGAGUCGAGGUUGCUCUGAAGUCUUUGCCGCUCCUGUCAUGCUUCGUUGAGGGAGCAAAGACUCGUCAGCCGCGCUUUGCGAGUCGAGGCGAGAUUGCAGUUGAGGAUGUGCUUCUGCCGCUUCGAAAGGAGAGAAUAGACGCUGCCGUCGCUACCUCUUCUUCGCGACCCACGUUGGAGAGACUCAUCGAGGAGGCCGUCGAUCAGCCCUUGCAAGAACUGCUCGAUCUCACUUCAGCCCCCCUGUGGCGGGUACAAGUCAUUGAGGAAGGACCAGAGAUCUUCGUCCUUCUCACUGUCGGCCACGUCAUCUGCGAUGGUCGUGGCGCUGGCAACCUGCUCGAGCUCCUCUUUGAAGGCCUCGACACCACCUCCGACAGUCAUGACUCCGCUGCCACAGCCUCAUCGGCCAUCGACAGACUCACUGUUCCGCCAUCAAGUGACCGCCUUGUUAUCCCUUCUUUGCGCUAUGCGCUCGGUGUCGCCUUCCAAGAGCUUGUCGUUCCUCGUCUUCCUUCAGGACUUGGUUCCUGGUUCCAAGCCAGUCCUGCCUGGCCCGCAGCAAACGCGGCCGGUCGCACUGAAGAGAAGCUUUUGAUCCCGCCGCUCAAGGCGAGCAAGAGAGUGAAGCUGCUCUCUUUUCCACACGGCACCAUCGCAGCCUUAAAAGCAAUAGGGAGGACGAAUGGCGUCAUGACGGUUCAUCCAAUCCUGAGCACCGUGUGCACCGUAGCCACGUACGCCAUGGCCAUGUCGAACAAAGUGAGCAAUAUCGAUGACGGCUACAGUUCAAGCGUGCGAAUAUCUUCAGAAACGGCCAUAAACAUUCGUGGGCUGAUGAAGGAUGCAAGGGAACACACGGAAUGUACAGGCAAUUUCGCUGCAGCUCUGCACUGGGAGGCCGAGGUCGCACCCAACGACAACUUCUGGGAUAUGGCACGCUCGUACGCAGCUCGAGUCGCCUCCGACUCCGACAGACAGAAAGCUCGUUACGCCGUCGGCGUCCUCUCCUACCUACCAGAUCCAGCAACCCACGUCCCUCCAAGUGAGAAGAUACCAACCGCAUGGGAAUCGUGGCUCCACGACAAGGCAAUGAGCGAUCGACCGCACAGCGCUUCGUUUGUGCUCUCUAAUCUGGGCAAAAUCUCGAUCCCCGUUAGGGCUGGGGUUAAAGAGGUGGCAUGGAACGCGAGGGCACAACCCACUGCGGGCUUGAUGGAAGUGGAUGUUUCUGGUCUGGAGCUGCAAGGGGGGCAGCAGGGCGAUGAAGCCACCGCGCCCGCGUGUGACUUGAGCAUGUGUGUUGGCUGGAGUCAUGGAGUCCUCUCUGAGGACGAUUCUCGCGAAUAUCUUUUCGUCGAUACGAUGAGGCGGUGUAUCGACUUGCUUGCUGCGACGGGGGCUGCGUCACGACAGCAGCUCACCGUGGGUGACCUACUAGAUUCGCUGGGCGUGGGAGCGGGAACCUUGUAAACCCCGCCCACCGCUGCUCCAACUGCAGAUGAAUCUAGAGCUCUGUCGGCGAUUACACGUUCCGCCAGCCUGGGCCAGACUCGAUACGAUCGACGUCGCGCCGAGGGCUUAGCCAAGGGGACUUUACACAUUCUGCUGCUGCGUAUCGAAGUGCGGUGUUGGUUGCGCGCGCGCGCUGACGUACCGCCCGUGGGACAAUCGAGGCGGGGCCGGAGGCGGUGCUCGCCUACGAAGAAGAUGAGUGAUUACCACGAGUGGCGGGACCCGCCACUUCCUCGAUGAAUUGAGCAGGUAUUCCCCUGCCAGUGAUCUUAUUGACUCCUUUGUUCGUCUCACCUGCUCUCGAAAGAGGAAGGUGUCGCUCACAAUGAGAUGUGGGCACAAAGUGAGACAUCAUUUGGGAGGUUGGCGAGAUUGGGAUGACGACGCGUCGAGUCGU